AUGGCCCGUACAAGAACGGGCCGCGGUGCCCCGGAGUCUCCGGAGAACAAUGCUGAAGAUGCUCGUUCUGCUCGGUUGACACGACGUCGAGCAGGCGGCACAAACAUGACGGAACGCGCCGAGGCCACUACCACUACGAUCACCACCGCCGCCGCCUCUGCUGCAUCUCGGUCAACGACGCGAGGCAAAGGGAAAGCUAAGAUCGUCCCGACGAGCACCACGUUGCGAGAGAUGGCGGAAGAACGAGACGAGGAGGAGGAUGACGUGGAAGAGCAGGAAGAGGAAGAUCUAUACAGAAAUGAACCGGUCGCGCGCUUCAAUGCGAAGGACAUUGUCAGGGACAUCAACCCACAGGACAACGACAGCGAAAUGGGAUCGCAAAGUGUUUCGGGCACACAGAGGAACGCAACCCCGGCCUUCAUGAGUGCUGCAUACACAAUUUUCUCAAGUCUGCCAACACUGCGUUUGUUUUGUUUCCUUGCAAGAACGCGUUAUGCUAAUCUUGUUUACAGAAGCACCAGGGUCAUCGGCACCGAGAGGAUCACAAGGUGCGAUCCGCGUCUUGCGCGUCCGGGAGACAAAUUACUGACAAAAGCAAAAGGACGCGUACAGCUACCAGGAAUAGAGGACGACGGCAGCGAUGACGAGUCGGAGUUGGGUGAAGGUGACGAUGACGCAUCCCAGGAUCUCGUCGAGGCGGAACUCAAGGAGAACGCGCUCGACUCAUUAUGGCACGAAUCCGAAGCUCUAGCGAGGCUGCUUCGGAACCCAAAGCCAGGUAGCAAAUCCUGGCGCCGGCUGCUGCCCGUCUUCCGGGGCAACUGGCUCCGCACCCGCGAGUUCUUCGUAGAGACCGACGCGCUAUUCAUCGACCUCCUCGCCAGCAUCGAGGACAUUAGCGAAAGGCAACAGAUGAAGGCGCGGGCCGUCAUCAUCGGCGCCAACGCCACGUCGCUGCUCAACGUCAUAUCCGACGCCGAGCUCCGCAAGGAGGACAACUUUGAUAGAGUCUGGAAGAUCUUCCAGCGCCUCGACGAGGAUUUUCCCGCACCGUUGUGCCCGUACGAUGACUACGCCGACCACGUUACCGAAGACGAUAUCGAGCUCGCCCUCGACAUCCGCACGCACCGGCUGAUUACGAGUCUUAAGGCCUUGCCAGACGACCAACAUAACCCGGCCGACAUCGCGGCGGAGCUUUUCUGCAUGCCCCUAGAGUCCCCUGUCGAUGCAGAGGAGGCACUGCAGCAUGGACCGUUCAGGGGCAUCAACGGCCGCAUGACGGAGCGUUUCGCAGAGAGGGCAAAACAAAUCCACGACGCCAUCGUGGACAAGAGCGCGGACGAUGCCAUUCAGGCCCUGGACGAGACUUUCCCGCUCGAGGGGUCGCCUGACCAGUCACAGAACGAAGCCGACGACGAGCCGAUCGACUUCAUCAGCAAGAUUUCCUCCUGGUGCAGUAGAAUGAUUGACCAGCUCAGUGUCAUUUUGAAGGACCCGCCGCAGGGGUCGAGAGAAUCUUCUCCGACAGACUCCCUCCCCUCGAGCGCACCACAGGAUAUUGUCCGCAACGACGUACGCGAAGAUAUCUUGUCUCGAUCAAACGUGCAACUCCUAGCAAUGCUCUCCCGCGAGAACCCCUCGCACAUACGCCCAUCUCCGUCACUAGCAAACUCCCAGCGCGGAUCCCAACGCGGAUCUCAGCGUGGAUCUCAGCGUGGAGUUACCGCCGAACCCAUCAUUAACGGAGGUAUCGGCGAUGAUUACUACGAAGAAGAAGACCGCCGCCGCAACCCCUCCCCGGCGCCGAGCGACCUCUCAGCCAUCAUCGCAGGCCUUCCCAGCACCGCAAUCAUCCGCAGCACACAACCUUCUUCCUCCGCCAAAGCCGGUCCCAGCACCGCCGCCACCACCGGGCCCCCUCGCUCCUCGGGCUUCACCGCCGUCAACAACAGCAAGAAACGAUUCCGCGAAGCCUCCGUCUCCCUAUCCCAACAAUCCCAAGAGUCAGACGACCACUUCGAAGAAGACAACCGCGAUCCGAACCCCCAACGAAGGGCCCAACUCGCCCGCGACCGCCGUGACAUGCCCCCUCCCCCCUCAAAACGCAUAACCCUCCCCUCCACCGCACCACCACCCCGAUCAGCACCACCCUCUUCUUCAGCCUCCUCCUCAACAACCUCCCUCCAACGGCGCCCCCGCUCCUCCCUACCCAACGGCGCCCCAGCCUCCUCAGCUCCUCCCCCUUCCUCCCGAAGCAGCGUCUCCAGCACAACCAGCACAGUCGCCUCCUUCCACGAGAUAAACGAGAUGAACCGCCGCCCAGCCUCCCGCGCCGGCCCGCAACAGCGCGUCCCCUGGUCCGACAGGGACACUUACCGCCUCAUCCGCCUCAUAGAGCACCACAACUGCCUCUGGGCGCUCAUCGCGAAACGCCAGCACGCCGGCCGCAGCGAUGGAGGCGGCGGCGGCGGCGACACCUUUGAGGAGAGGGAGGACUGUAUCCUUGAUCACCCGCGAGACCAGCAGGCUAUUCGCGACAAGGCGCGGAAUCUCAAGGUUGAUUUGUUAAAAGCCGACCUGAACCUCUACCCCGGCUUCGACGGCAUCGCUCUCGGCAAAAAGGAACGCCUGGCUCUCAUCAGUCGCGGCAGGAACCCGGACCGUAAGGAGGCCGACGUCGACGAGGCGACGGGCGAGCCCACGCAUACCGAGUACGUAGAGUUGGAAAGUGACGACGAGGACGAUGAGUUGUAA